CUGUUCAGAACAUUUGCACAGACACUUGGUUGAUUGUUUAUAGUGAAAUAAAAGUGUUUUGGACUGAAACGAAGAGAAAACCUUUGUCAACAGUGUGCGGUCCGUAGAAGAGAGACAGCGGCGACUGAGCUUGUUCAGCGUUGUGCAGCCUCUCUUGUUCUCCGGCUGAUGUCUUAGAUCAUGAGUAUCCUGGGACCUCCGAUAAGGCAGGCCAAUGGGGUGGCCAGAUCUGACAGCAAGAUUAGCGCCAAGGCUCUAUAUGAGCAACGGAAGAAAUACUCCAACUCCAAUGUCAUCAUGCACGAGACGUCUCAGUACCACGUGGAGCACCUGUCCACCUUCAUGAUGGACAAGACAGAGUCCAUUGCUACAGUGGACGAUGCCAUUAAGAAACUGGUGCUGCUGGACUCCAAAGAGAAGAUCUGGACCCAGGAGAUGCUGCUUCAGGUCAGCGACAAGGCUGUACGGCUACUGGAUGUUGAUACACAGGAAGAGUUGGAGAACUUCCCCCUGCCUACGAUCCACCACUGCCAGACAGUGUUGAAUCAGACCAGGUAUCCAUCCGUCCUUCUGCUGGUGUGUCAAGACACUGAACAGCACAGACCCGACAUACACUUCUUCCACUGCGACGAGGUGGAGGCAGAGAUGGUCCAUGCAGACAUCGACAGCGCUCUUGGGGACAGCAAACAUGGGAAGAAGAUACGACCACAGACCUUGAAGGUGAACCAGGAGAAGAUGAAGCACCACAGAGAGUCCAUCAUCCCCCCCUCCUCGGCCCCCAAGGGCUCGGCCCCUUCAGUCAAGGGCCGUGUGGCUGCCAUGAACAUGCAGGAUGUGGAGAGGCGAGGUUCGGCCCAGCAGGACCCAGAGUCCCAUGAGAAGCUGGCCCAGCGCAUUGAGAAGGACGUGCAAAUCCUGAACUGUUCCCUGGAUGACAUAGAGUUCUUUGUGGCUCGGCUGCAGAAGGCUGCGGAGGCGUUCUCUCAGCUCAACCAGCGCAACAAGAGUAAGAAGAUGAAGAAGAAAGGCCCAGCAGAGGGAAUGCUGACCCUGAGAGCUAGGCCCCCCUCUGAGGCAGAGUUCAUUGAUAGCCUACAGAAACUUAAGCUGGCUUUCAACCUACUGGCCAAACUGAAGAAACACAUCCAGAACCCCAGCGCUUCUGAACUGGUGCACUUCCUCUUCGGGCCCCUGGACCUGGUGCUCCAGUCCUGUGGUAGUGUAGAGCUGCCCCGCUCUGUGGUCUCCCCUCACUUAUCCAGAGAUGCAGUAGACUUCCUGAGAGGUCAUCUGUCGCCUAAAGAAAUGACCAUCUUUGAACUGCUGGGAGAUGGGUGGACAAGACCUAGAGCGGACUGGCCACGGGACCAGUGUGCCUCUACCUACUUCCCUAAGUUCAGGAACGGGUGGGAGCCCCCAGCUGAGCUGUUCAGGACCUCCCCAUGGGAGACAGAGGGAUCAGGGGAACCUCCCAUGUCCUUCAUGUCCCACCCCAUGUCCCCACACAAGUCAGAAGAGUUUUUCGGAACCCAGUCUUCAAGCUCAUCAAAUGGGUCCUACAAUGGUCUGGCGUCCUCGUCCCGUAAAUAUGCUAAGAUCUGCUACCACUUUGUGGCCCGCAACGCCAACGAACUGUCAGUACUGCAGGAGGAGGUGGUAGAGGUGAUAGAGGACGAUAAACAGUGGUGGAAAGUGAGGAACAGGAGUGGCCAAUCAGGAUACGUCCCCUCCAACGUCCUGGAAGUGGUCACACUGGAGGAACCUCAUGGCAUGGCUGAACCCCUCUACAGCCAGGCUGGCCAGCCCUACAGCCCAACCUCUCCCUCCAGCUCUCUCGGUAGAGGGGAGAGCUUUGACAAGAGCCGCUCCAAAGACUCUCGGACACACCAGAUGGAUGAGGUGAAUGAUGAGUUGUUGAAGAGGAUCACCAGUAAUAAGUCCCAGCCUCCAGCCCGUAACUUCAGAGUGGAGCGCCCUGCAAGCAGCAGUUCCACGCUCCUCACUUUCAAUUCCACCCCCCCGCAGGUUACCGCCUGGCUCAACGCCAAGGGAUUCUCUAAACCGACGGUGGAUUGUCUGGGGGGAUUCUGGGAUGGGCGUUCCCUACAGCUCUUAGGGCAUUCUCUGAACAAGGAGGAACUGGGAAGGGCAUUGUGUGUGGAGACGGUGGAGUGUCUGGGAGGGCAUUUGUUUGUUGUGACAUGUGAAACUAAAGCCUGUGUUACUGUUUUCCAGAAGAGCAGUGGGGAUUCAGAGCUCCAAGAGAUCAUGAGACGACGACAAGAGAAGAUCGAUGCCGGCAAGGACUGA